AUGAUUUCCAUCUUUGUUUACCCCAUUAAGGCAUUACAUAACUACACAGCCGGGAACUGCCCUGCCCGAGGGGAAACGCGGCCUCCGGGGGUGACACAAAAGUGCUGGGGCCCUGAUGGUCAGAGGACAUGCACAGGCCUUCAGCAGGAGAGCGGUGUGUGGGGAAAAACGAGCCCUACCAAGGAAUCUCCGCCUCCCCAAAACACACCAUUGAUUUCACCAGAAAUCGUUGCACAGAUUGAUGAAGAUAAUUCCAGAGGAAACCAGCCCUCUCUGCCUAUGCAGGCCCUCAUCCCCCAGCCCAGAGCUCGUCACACGAAGCCGUCGUGUCCUAACCACGGGUCAGCCGUCGUUGGCAGAACAUUUUUGGUGCUUCCCAGCCGAUUAGCGAUUCAGGCGUCCUUAGAAGACAACGCCAUGUCACCAUCGGACUCUCCCAGCCCAAACCAGUGUCCAAGCCAGCAGAGAGGCUUUGCCUCCAUCACUGUCACAGCCAGGCGCGUUCCUGUGGUCUCUGCAGACAUCGCACGUGCCCCUGGGGCUGGCCAGGAGCCCAACGCCGCGUCCCCCACGUCCAGCAGAGUCCCUGCUGUCCUCAAGCGCUGGCCUCCCCCAGCCCACGCAAACCAACCUCCUUUAAAGCUUUCCAAGUCUUGCUCCAUAUUAGGUGAAGGGCCCCAAAAGCAGCUGUUUGACCCCGGAAUCAAGGAGGAUGGCGUGGCUCUUCAAAGCAGUGACGGGAGGCAGAAAAUGCCGCCCUCGUUCAUCUCCUGUGUCCACCUCCAGGUGUCCCAGCCGUGUCCCAACACCAUCUAUUAUCUAGACAAGUCGCUCAACGUGCGCAUUGACCAGCCUCGAGUGAAAUGCCAAAAAAUGUACAGAUCCACGUUGUCCUUGAGCCUCAAGUGCAGUUUGUCCGGAUUAACAGCAGAUGGAGUAGAUGGCAUAGCUAAUGGAGAGCCCAUGGAGGAGAGAGCUCCAAGGGAGCUCCCAGGAGCAAACGGGGCUCCGCUCAGAGCACACCUGAGCGCAGACUUCACGGGAAAUAAGGUAAUCAAGAAGGAAAGAACAAAGGAAGGACGUUUGGGUAGUAAAUACCCUUUGCAAAGCGUCUUUGCCUCGGGACUUCCAGCAUUUGUGGAUAUUCCCAGAGGACCUCUCAAGGCAGCAGCAGCAAAGGAAGAGGAUGAGCAGCCUGGCAGACACCACGCUGUGUUUUCUAUCCAAAUUCCCAAUUCAAGCAGUGAGGCAGGAACACCAAUGCUGUUGGGAAGCAGGAAGAGGAGCAGCACGACAGCCCCUGGCUCCCUUCCAGAUGAAGCCUCCAGAGAAACCACUGCUGCUGCUACUGAUGGCCCAUCCAACAGGGCAGAUCCCUCCAAAGAUACCUCCAAAGCCAAAGAGAUCCAAGCACAGGGUGUCCUGAAACCAAAAAUGUCCGUCUCCAGCAGUGUAUGCAACAUAAAGGCGUCAUCGAGAAUCCUCGGGGAAGAAAAUGUUCACGGGCAAAAGCAGCUCCUAAAAAGCAAUUAUGAAUUCCCUGGUUCGAGGGACAGAACAAAGGAGCUCGAGGCGCAGGAGGAGCGGGAGCGAGGCAGGAGGAUGGCACUGGCCAGGGUGACACUGUCCAGGGUGACACUACCCAGGGCCCGCUCUCCAGCUGUGACCUGGGACAAAAACCUGCUCAUCUGCCCAGAACCCAGCUCCCAGCUGGAGAAAACUCCAGCAGCUCCAUGGACACUGCGGGAAGCCCUGGAGAUCCACAACCCUCAGUUCAUCUCCCGCUCCCAGAAGAGGCUGAAGAGGCUGGAGCUCAUGGUGCAGCUGAGGAGGGCCCAGCAGAGGGAGGCUCCUCCAGGCACUCCCCGAGCGCCUGCUCGCAAGCUCUCCACAUCCACCCCCAGCAAAAAGAAGCAAUUCACCAUCCCCGACCCGAUCAGCGAUAACCUCUUCAAACCAAAGGAAAGAGUCAUUCCCGAGAAGGAGAUGCACAUGAGAUCUAAAAGGAUUUAUGACAAUUUGCCUGAGGUUAAAAAGAAGCAAGAAGAGAAACAGAAGCGGAUCAUCAUCCAGAGUAACAGGCUGCGUGUGGAGAUGUUUAAAAAGCAAUUACUGGACCAGCUCCUCCACAGAAACACGGAGUGACAAAGGAUCUCUUGCCCAUCUUCCUAAUUGGAUCUUGAAUGCCUUUGACUGCUAGAUAAGCCAUAAAAUUAACUCUUAUCUCAAUUACCUGGAGGUAUUUUUCUUAUCUUUGGCUCUUUGUAUAAAGAAAGAUCAUUUAUGUUUCAAUUGAUAUUUUAAGGCAACUUUCAAGUAAUCAAAACCAGCCUAAAAGGGAGCACAGCUGUUCCAGAGCAUCACCUUUUGGUCAGUUUACCCACAGGAAAUAAUUUUAAGAAUUUUUAAUGCAAAUACUGAAUUACAGGGGUAUUAUUUAUCUUAAUCUUUUUUUUUAAAAAAGCACACUUCUCUGUAGCAAUAGCCCGGUGUUUGUAAGAUAUGGAAAACUUAUUUCUCUGAAGUAUUUUAUUAAUUGAUUUCCCGUGAGUUAAACCCUCGAAGAAAACUGUUAUUUGUUAUGUUUAGGAACCAGUUGAAACAGCAUUACCACAUCAUCAGAGCAACAGCAGUUUCACAUUAAUACUUAACAUUCCAAAAGGGACCAAUAUUUCAGCUUUCUGAGGAACUCCAUUCCUGUUCAUGGAGUGAAACUACCUGGCCAGCUCUGCCACUACAAAAACAAUAUUUAAAUAUUUGUUUGUAACGCUUUUUCACGUUUUUCCUCGUCACAAACGUUUUACUCCCCUUCUGUGAGCACGAGGUAUUUCUAGAAAAGGCAGAUGAAGGAGCGGUGCCAAGAAGGAUGUUUGCAUCAAAACCUCGCAGAACUCAAACCAGCUGUCACGUUUCCUCCCGAAAAAAUAUUUAAAUCUUUAUUUGUACGUGUUGGAAGUAAAAACAAGCAGCUCGCUAAGCAGUGGAGUUUAUUUAUGGAAUAAAGUAUGAGGAGAAUAUUGAUCCAACCGCCGGGUUUUUAUUUGGUGCUGUUAAAUAUAACACAAUUAUUGAAACUG